AGCAGUUGUGCAGUGCUUUCCUGGCUGGACUCAGCAGGAGCAAGCUUGGCUGGACGCCCCGUACAGUGUGUCUGCGAUUACAAUGACAGCGUGUCCAGAGGAGGCAGCAGCAGGCAGGCCGAGGGCCCCCCGGGGCAUCCCUCCCUCCCCCUUUGUCUAAGCUUCGCAAAGCAGCCACUGAGGCUGGGUUCCUGCCAGAGCUGCGAAGCAGGGCCUCCCGAGCGCAGCUGGUUGAACCGCACAGGUCCCUGCCAGCCUCUGAGGAAUGGCUGCUGACAUUCACAAGAAGAAAGGCUGGGAAGUCCCCAACGGGUCCUUGGUGCCAGCAGAUGGGCAACCCACAGAGAGGUCGGAGAGCCCCACCCCAGGGCUGGCUCAGGGCAUGGAACCAGGGGCAGGCCAGGAGGGGGCGAUGUUUGUUCACACCCGGUCCUACGAGGAUCUGACGAGCCCUGAGGAUGGAGACGUUGUGUCCAGGAGCUCUGAGGAAGGGCGAGGGGACCAGGCAGACCAGACCAGCAUAGAACAGAUCAGCAAGGACUUCAGUGAGCUCAGCACACAGCUGACAGGCAUGGCAUUAGACCUGGAGGAGGAGAUGAGGCCGAGCCAGGAGGACAAGAUGGAUCUCUCGCUGCAGACGGCCCGGAGGGACUCAGCGCGGUCAGAGAAGGAGGAUGAGGACAUGACCAUGGAGACCUGGCGCAUGCAUCAGAAGCAUGUGUUCGUGCUGAGCGAGGCGGGCAAGCCAGUGUAUUCCCGCUACGGCUCAGAGGAGGCGCUGUCCAGCACCAUGGGAGUGAUGAUGGCCCUGGUGUCCUUCCUGGAGGCAGAGAAGAAUGCCAUCAGGUCUAUCCAUGCAGAUGGCUACAAGGUGGUCUUUGUGCGCCGGAGCCCCCUGGUACUGGUGGCCAUGGCCCGGACGCGGCAGUCAGAGCAGGAGAUCGCCCAUGAGCUCCUCUACAUCUACUACCAGAUCCUCAGCCUGCUCACCUGGACCCAGCUCAACCACAUCUUCCAGCAGAAGCAGAACUAUGACCUACGCAGGCUGCUGGCGGGCUCCGAGCGCAUCACUGACAACUUGCUGGACCUGAUGGCUCGGGACCCCAGCUUCCUGAUGGGUGCCGCGCGCUGCCUGCCAAUGGCAGCGGGGCUCAGGGACACCGUGAGCACCUGCCUCCAGCAGGCCAAGGCAAAAAGCCUGGUGUUCUCCAUCCUGCUGUCCAGGAACCAGCUGGUGUCUCUGGUGAGGAGAAAGGACCAGUUCCUGCAUCCCAUUGACCUGCAUUUACUCUUCAACCUCAUCAGCUCCUCCUCCUCCUUUCGUGAAGGCGAGGCCUGGACUCCUAUCUGCCUGCCCAAGUUCAACUCCAGUGGCUUCUUCCAUGCCCACAUCUCAUACCUGGAGCAGGACAUGGACCUGUGCCUGCUCCUGGUUUCCACCGACCGUGAGGACUUCUUCACUGUCUCUGACUGCAAGCGCCGCUUCCAGGAGCGCCUGCGGAAGCGUGGCGUGUCCCAUGCCCUGCAGGAGGCCCUACGUACCCCCUUCUACAGCAUCUCCCAAGUGGGGAUCCCGGACCUAAGACACUUCAUCUACAAAUCCAAGAGCUCGGGGCUCUUCACCAGCCCUGAGAUUGAGGCUCCCUAUGUCAGCGAGGAGGAGAAGCAGAGGCUGCUGGAGCUAUACCAGUACCUGCACAGCCGUGCUCACAACUCCUCCCGCCCCCUGAAAAACAUCUACUUCACAGGACCCAGCGAAAAUCUCCUGGCUUGGGUGACCAGUGCCUUCGAGCUCUACGUGUGCUACAGCCCGCUGGGGACCAAGGCAGCCGCCGUCAGCGCUGUCAACAAGCUGAUGAAGUGGAUCCGCAGGGAAGAGGACCGACUCUUCAUCCUGACACCGCAGACCUACUGAUGGGUGCUGUGCCAUGCCAGCCAUGCCCAGAGCAUUCCCAGCUCCGAUCAGAACACCCCCCGGGGCAGGCCCCGCCCUCCCGAUGUGCGUGGAAGAUGGCGGGAAAGGGACACCCUUGGGAAGCAGAGCCCUCUGCCCCCAAACGCAGGGAAAGCACAUUAAUGGGGUUGUUAAAUAGCAGAUUUUAGAGAACCUAAAGCUUCCCGAGAUGCCUGGUGCUGUGACUAGGACCCAAUGGAGACCCCUGCUACUGAGGGGCCACCCCACCUGGACAAGCAUUCCUCACUACAGCCUCCAACCAGCGCUUCUACCUCACCUGCCACUUCUCAGCCUCCCCACACCAUCCUGCUUCCCUCCUCUGUUGGGACACUCCUCUUCAUUCCUGGGGUAUAUCCCUCAGUUUGGGUGGAGGGAAUAUAUAUGGAGAUAUACCUAUCUCAUAGAGCUGGAAGGGAUCUUGAAAGGUCAUCGAGUCAUAGAAUCAUAGAAUAUCAGGGUUGGAAGGGACCUCAGGAGAUCAUCUAGUCCAACCCCCUGGUCAAAGCAAGACCAAUCCCCAAUGUAGUCCAGCCCACUGCCUUCACUAGCAAGACCAAGUACUGAUUUUUGCCCCAGAUCCCUAAGUGGCCCCCUCAAGGAUUGAACUCACAACCCUGGGUUUAGCUGGCCAAUGCUCAAACCACUGAGCUGCCUCUAUGGUGGGGCAGGGGAGGGGUAGGCGCUCAGUAUGCACUGGGCUCCUAGGACCCCUGGUUCCUCCUGCAGCACUUCCCCUCUUUUCUCCAUCACUAGACUAUUCCCAGAGCGCUGAGGUGGCAUCUCCACCACUCCACACCCACCCCCCUAUCCCUGGCCUCCAGGUCUCUGAGCCAGGGGUCACUGCCUGUGCACAGCAAAACCUGCUGGCUCCACCUCUGCCCCAGCCAUCUGCCAGGCCCAGGCAUUCUGCCUGGCUCCCCAAGGGACAGGUUCUCAGAGGCAUUGGUGGGCAGGGCACACAGGGCAAUCUGCCAUGAGCAGGAAGGGCCGUACUGCCCAGCAGCUUGGCCCCUUGGUGUGGUCCCUCUCCCUGCUGUCUUCCAGCUUUCCCCUGCUCCUGGCGUCUCCACGCCAGCAUCUCCCAGCCAGGUCCUUCACAGGCCUGUUGGGGGUCUGGGGGACAGGGAGCACCCGGACAGGAAGAACAGGCCCUUUGGGCUCCAAAGUGAGGAGGCCCUCAUAUCGCCUUAUGUUGGCCUGGUCACCCUGGGGAGGGCAGGGUGGCUGGGUCCCCAACCCCAGAAGGAUUCACCUCCAGGUCUCCAUUAGUCAGUGCCGGCCUCUCCCACCCCCAGGUAUUCCCUGGAUCUCACCCAAGCCCGGAUCACAGGCAGUUUGCCUGUCCUUGUGGCUGGGUUUUCGGAGCCAGCUCAGCAGCUGAUCUGUGUUCAUGGCCAUGGCACCGGAUCCUGGGAUGGGGCUGGAGGAGGAAACCAACACCAUUGAAUAAAGGCUGCAAAGAAA